AUGGCUACCCCUUUGAGGAGAUCAAAGAGGCAGAAGGAAGCGCCGGCGAGAGUAGCUCCGGAAAUUGGCGCUGAGUCUACGUGGGGUCGGACCAGCCGAGGGGUCAAGAGAUCCCAGGGAGAUAACCCACCCACUCAUCUCCCUCUCUUGACUCCCGAAAGAGCUGCUCGCGACCAUAUCGGACAACCUGGACCGGCCGAGCGCCAUUUCGCUCGCCCUCUGCUCCACCCAGCUCUUCUCUGCCUGCGAAGCUCGCAUCUGCCGCGAGGUAGAUGUGAGCCUCGGCCAGCAUUACGGAAAGCUCCCGCUCAUACUGCCAUUUGCGGAAGGCGAAAGGUCGUCUUGCAGGGCGGGGAGAGAAAGCUGCGGCUUGUCCGAAAGCUCAGUCUCACUCCUCGCCCAGAAGCGCUGGGCUGGAUGAUCUCCCUCCUCGACGCUGUCUCGCCACACUUGACGUCGCUCGAGGUCAAGGCGCCAUCUCAUCUCGGGCAACGCAACGACAACCCAAAGCAGUACGAGCUGUUCGACGUCAAACUGCUCGACGCCGGCAUCAGUUGUCUUCUCCUAACACACGUCAACAUCGGGAACCGGAGCAUCCACUACGCCGAAACCAUCUUCCUCAUUAGCCGCCUCGCUCCCAAUAUGGUGUCGCUGGACGUGAAUAUCGACCAAUCCAUGGAGGAGUGUGGCGGCUGGGAGGAGGACAUCUUACCAGAGAUGCCCGACGAGCCGGAUGGGGACAACAAGCUCCGCUUCCUCCGGCUCGCAUUUAGGGACAUGACCUUCGCCGACGAUGGACGAACACCCCAUACCAUUCCCGGAAUAUUCCCCACAUAUUCGUCGCAGCUCGGCAGAUUGGGUUCCGAGGGGAAAUGGACGGGAGUCGUGCGAUCCUUUCGUCAUGGACCGGAGGAGCUCCUCCACCUCCGCAUCUUGACCCGACUCGUUGAGGUCCUCGAUCGCGUCUUUCCAGGCACGGUCUCAGACGAAGACGAGGAUGAGGCUCCUUUGGAGAUGGACUACACGGCGUGGGACGGAACAGAGCGGCAGAAGGUGUAUGAGGAGCGGGACGAUCUGAUGUGGAGUCAUCUCUCGGACUACGAGGGAUUGGCGGUACCUCUGGAUGUCAUCGAGGAGAUGCUGGAGGCAGAGGGACUGGAGAAGGGACGCGAGGGAAGAGGGAUCGAGAUUGGGGAUGCCGGAUGGCAGGUCGUGCUGGAUUGGCGGGAGUCUCAUGGAGAUAGGGUGGAUGGUCUAGACCUUUGUGUAUCCGGGCGGAGACAAGCAGAAGAGGCAGACGUUAUCUUCCACGCGAGAAUGAUGGACCCAUUCGAUCGGCUUGAUAGCGGUACCAUCUCGAGCGUCAACAUCGGACAUAUACGGUCCCUACGGCACAGCGAUGAGGAGCUCCUCCACGCUCGACUACUCUACCAUCAUACAGAGGUAGACGAUUGCCCCUAUACACACACCAACGACGACACACAAGGUCAUGCUGCAGAUCACCAGAUCGUCUACGCCGCCGUCGGGGGUGUCCUGCGCAACAAGCUCUACCUUUGGGAGCGGGAGGCGUUCUGGCACGAGUACAUCACCUUUGAAGGAUUGCAUGUUCCAGGUCAGGUCCUGCAGGAGAUGAGACGCGAGGAGGUCGGGGCGGAUGCGUGGACAGGUCGGCAGGUGGAGGUGGGCACGAAGGGAUGGCAAGUGCUGGCGGAAUUCAAGGCACUGGAGGAGAGGGCGGCAGCACGGCUACAGGCGCACCGAGCAAAGCGGAUGAAGAUCCAUUCUCUAGCUGCCGAGACCAGACAUGGAGCGCCUAACGGAGCAGGCAUGUUGUGUAAUCUCAUGCGAGCAUCUACCUGUAUAUCCAUCCGCUGUACCGGGUACGAAGAGCAGGACAGGCAAGACCAGCAGAUCUACCUGGACGCUGACGGCUGCGCCCAAGCAGCAACUGUCAUCGCCGGGCCAAGGAAUGAGGAGUUGCGCAACCAAGGGUACCAAGAACCUUCACUUCCAUCUUCUUUCGCCUUUGCCUUUCAUACCAUAAUCCACCGAAGGGCGGUCAUCUGCAUGCUCGUCCCCAUCACCUCCAAAUCUCGCAUUACCCUCACAUCUCUCCCCCAAGAAAUCAUCAAACUCGUAGCUCUUCAACUUGAUCAAAAAUCAGCCAUAUCCUUAUCUGUCGUUGCUCGAUCACUACACACACCAUCGGAAUAUCGCGUUUGGCGGGACAUCGAUGUCUUCCUCAAUCCACACCAUGGGGAGCGCGUCCUCGUUCAGCCCCAUGAGCGCAGCAGCUCAGGCGCGCACGUGGAUUGGGCGAUCGAGAUGGCAAAGGAUGCAGAGCAGCGGCAUCGGGCUGCGCUUAAGGGGCGAGUGCGCACGCUCCUGGUGGGUCUGGGCGAGCGCAGGAUGGGGAUGGUGGAGAAGGUCUCGGUCAUACCCCGGGAGGGAGCCCUGCUCGGCAUCAUGCAGCUCCUCGACACGGUCUCGCCAACGCUCAAACGGCUGGAAGUCCUUCCCCAAUUCGAGCACGUAUUCGACAACCACUGGGCGUCCGAAAAUGACCAAACGCUGGACGUCCGGAUGCUCAGCGAAACCAUCACAUUCCCCUUCCUCACCCACCUUCAUAUCGACGCCGGAGCGAUCCGCUUCAACGAUUACCUCCUACUUCUUGUCAGUAGGGCGCCCAAUCUCAUCUCUCUCGAUGCGGACCUAUCGGGAGAAGCGGAAGUGCCGGAUUGGGAGGAAGGUUCCAUGGCACCUCUCUUCCCGAACAAGAUUGGGGAGACGAAGUUGCAGCGGGUUCGGCUCGUAUUCGGUGACGAGGAUGUAGAGCGUGAUGACAACUACCCGGCCGGUGUCGUCCUCAUGGGGAGUCCGCUCCUCCAGCAAGCGUGCCUGCAGGACAACUCCAACGAUCAAGAUCUAGAGCAUAUCAUCGCUCCGGCCAUCAAAGGGUCGCGGUGCCUAAGCGAGCUCGACUGGAGCAUCACACUCAAUGACUUCACGCACUGCUACUCCGGUACGGAUGCGGGGCUCGUCUCGCUGCAACGACUAGUCUUAGGGUCAGGAUGGUCCUCUGCCUUCGAUCCAAUACUCCACCUGCGGGAGAGUAUCUUCGAGGACCGCCCCUGCGGCACGGCGCGUCCUACUGGUAUCAUUCGAUCCUUCACACACGGUAAUGAAGAAGUCCUUCACGCUCACCUCCUUCUCCGUUACAUGGAGAGGGCGGAUGUUCCUUCCCCCUUUCCCCCCCACCGGUCAAAUAGUCCCGACAACUACAUCGAGUAUGCCGCUGCGGACGGUUCCCAGCGCCAACGUCGAUUCGAUCGCCAUUACGAGGGCUAUCAGGACUUCACGGACUACAAGGGGGUCAAGGUGCCCAUGUGGGUCCUCCAGAAGAUGAGGCGGGCGGAGGGAGUGGAGUACGGCGGCUGGGAAGGUAGGGGUAUCGAGCUAAGUAGGGACAAGUGUAAGCAGGCGCACGUUACAAUGCUUUCCCCUCAACAUCCCUCAUUCUCCCGAUUCCAGUCCCUCCACAACAAAUCUAUCCAUCACAAUAAUCGCGUUUCAGUCGGCAGUAUCAACUCGGGAUGGGCAACGACGUGUGGGGCGGGCGGGCGGACUGUAACAGAGCUGCCGUGCUGGGGAGGGGGUCUGGUAUCAGAUGGGGAAUCUACGAGCCAGAGCGAUGUGAAGACAGGGGUGUUUAUGCAGCGAAGAAUCAUCGACACUGGAGCUUUUGUAAGCGCAGCUGCUGCGCUUCCCUUCUAUACGGACCAGAAAUGCACCCACUCAGCCGGAAAUCCGGAAUUCGGAAUUGGCCGGACGAGGAAUGAGGAGUUUCGAAGUCCAGUCAGCUCUGCGUUCCUUCUCAACUUUCCGUUUGUACCUCAACUCAAUCAUAUCACCUCGUCUUCGGCAGCCUUAUUGCGUCAACACAACGUCAAAAUGGUUUCCCAAGCCAACACCGCUUCCAACGCCAACAUCGCGCCGGUCAACCUCCUGUCGAUCCCGAAAGAGGUCCUGACGCAAAUUUGCCUCUUGGUUGAUCGCGAAUCCGCAAUCUCCCUAUCCCUCGUUUGCCGCCACCUCCACUCCCCCGCCGAGCACGCCAUAUGGAGGGAGCUCAAUAUCUUCCUCAAUCCGCACCACGGCUCAUACGUCCUUGUCCAACCUUACGGCCGCAGCGGACAUGGCCCGCACGUCAGCUGGGCGCAAGCCGAGGCGUUGCGGGCCGAGAACAGGCACCGUGAUGCCCUUCGCGAGAGGGUCAACGAGCUCAUCAUGGGGCUCGGAAAGAGGCGUCUCGGGUACGUCGAGAAGGCCAGCAUCAUCCCAAGGCCCGGCGCCCUCAUGGGCAUCCUCCAACUCCUCGACCUCCUCUCCCCCACACUCAAGGCGCUCGAAAUCAACGCGCCGCUCAAGCACGUCUUUGAGACGGAAUGGACGCCCAAAACGUACGAUACGCUCGAUAUCCGCUUCAUCGGGUGCGGUGUCGUAUUCCGGUCGCUCACGCACCUUCGGAUCGGUAAGGGCGCAAUUCGGCACGUCGAGUUCCUGCUCCUCCUCGUCCAGGCCGCCCCCAGUCUUACAGAUCUCGAUGCGGAUAUCGACCACCGCAUGGAGGCCGGCAAAUGGGACGCCCAGAUGGUCCCAAGUUACUCGCCGGACGUUGGCGAUACGGAGAUACGGAGGUUGCGGUUAUGCUUUCGCGAUCGGACGGGCGCCCCUCAAGGCGCCUCCCACCCUAUCAUUUCGGUCAUCGAGAGCAGUCUGUGUCUGCAACAGCUGGCGUUGCAUUACAACGGGUCGCAAAUCACCGUCGCAUCCCAGCUCAUGGACGCGCUGGACGACAAGGCUGAUCUGACGGAUCUCGACUGGUCCGUAACCCCCAAGCGCUUCUCCGAAUUGGCGUCGACCUUGCAAUACGGCCUGCCUUCUCUCCGCAGACUAGUCUUGCACGUACCCGCGCACAACGCCGAUCCCUAUAUUGAGCUGUUCGAGAGCGGGCUGGCGGACUUCUCUGAGCUCGAAACUAUCUGCAUCGUCUGCAACUCCGAGGACAAUCUGCGCGACACCGCUACAACCGACUUUCCAGAACCAGCAGCCUGCAUCGGCAUGCUUCCCUCCUUCGCUUCCACCCUGCGCUCCCUCCCAAAGUUCACGGCCAUCAACCCCAUCGCCAAGGCUAGCCUUCCCGCCGACUCCUGCAUCUUCCAGCACCUCGACGCGCUCGAGCUCUCCGCCAAGCCUGUCGGUUUCGUUCGCUCCUUCUCCUCCUCAUACGAGGGCGACGAGCUGCUCCACGCGCGGCUCUACAUGCACAGCUUCGAGCUCUCCGACGUGCCCUUGCCCGUUGGUCCUCUACCCCUCGUCUAUCAUCCCAAAAAGCAAGUUCAAUACACUGCCUCGGACGGCUCGGAGCGGCUCAAGACGUUUGAGUGGCGGGCGGAGGGAUCUUGGGUCAAUCUCACCGACCUUUCGGGACACGCGGUGCGUCUGGAAGUCCUGAAGAAGAUGAGACAGACGGAGGGGAUCGCCGUGGGCGAGUGGGAAGGGCGAGACAUGGAGGUUGGCAAAAAGGCUUGGAAGCACGCGUCGCAUUUUAUCAAGUGGAAAGAGGCUGGGGGAAAGGUCGAGGCGGAGCCGGAGGCGGGCGUGUUUGUUGACGUGGACGAGGUGGAACAGAGCUCCGAGGAGGAAUAUUGA